GACUGGACUUGACUCCCGAGUAUCGCGAGAAAGCCCGAGAACAUGGAGACAAGACAACAAAAAUAAAUUUGUGGACAACAAGCCAGAGUGCAUGAUGGCGGCGUCGCUGCUGCGCCGGGACAAGAGAGCCACAGCCGCCCACUUGAAAGCGGACUUAACCCGGACUGACAACAGCUCGGGGCUCCGACAACUUCAGGAGCUGCUCGACGCCGUGCUGAAUCCCGAAAAGCCAGCCGCGGACACCGAAGCCCUGGACUGGUGUAAAUGUCUGAUCGCGGGAGGCGAAGGUUUCGAGGAGUUCUGUAAGACGGUCCGCUCCUAUGACAACGCGACUCUGUGCGGGCUGGUCUGGACGGCCAAUUUCGUGGCGUACCGAUGCCGGACCUGCGGCAUCUCUCCGUGCAUGUCGCUGUGUGCCGAGUGCUUCAACAACGGCGAGCACACAGGCCACGAUUUCAACAUGUUCAGGAGCCAGGCUGGUGGGGCCUGUGACUGUGGAGACAGUAAUGUCAUGCGAGACAGCGGGUUUUGCAGACGGCACAGGCUGAGAACUGGGGAAAAUGUUCCCUCCAUACCCCGAGAUCUUCUCUUGAUGUCUGAGAUGGUUCUGCCUCGCUUCAUCCUGUGCAUCAUACAGUAUCUGAGAGAUGGAUACGUUGAACCAGACACCUCAGCGGAGCGAGAUCUGCAGAAGGUUCUGCAGCAGCUGGAGCCUCAGAUCACUUUCUUGGAGGAGCUCACGAAGAUGGGAGGAGCGAUGAGGACUGUACUGACAAAGAUCUUGACCAAUCAGCAAACGUACAAGGAGCUCAGCAUGGGCCAGGAGGAGAACGUGUACGCUAAAAAGAACUACGACAAGUAUUUGUCAGCGUUGAAGAAUUCAGGUCUGGUGUCGGUGGAGGAGAAAAGCCAAGGGGGCGCUGCCGCUGCCGCUGCUGCUGCUGAUGUUGCCGUUGGAGCUGAAGGAGGCGCUGGAGCGAUGGUCCUGCUAGGAACCAGUGGACCAGGAAGCCCAGAUGACUCUACUAAAGAGGAGGAUCAAGAUGGAGGACAGUUUGUUGGCCAGAGGAAGAGGGUUAAACUUAGCAGCAGUACCAAAGACCCAUACAUUAUUGAUUCCCUAAAGCACAAAUGCUUUCUGGAAGAGUUGCUGUUCUGGACAAUAAAGUUUGAGUUCCCCCAGAAAAUGGUCACCUUCUUAUUAAACAUGUUGCCAGAUCAGGAUUACAAGAUCACGUUCACAAAGACGUUCGUUCAGCAUUACGCCUUCAUCAUGAAAACGCUGAUGAAGAGCCACGAGUCGGACACGAUGUCCAACCGCAUCGUGCACAUCAGCGUGCAGCUGUUCAGCAACGAGGAGCUGGCCCGACACAUGACGGAGGAGUGCCAGCUGCUGGACAUCAUGGUCACUGUGCUGCUCUACAUGAUGGAAAGUUGCCUUAUUAAAAGUGAACUUCAGGAUGAAGAGAACAAUCGCCACGUCGUGGUAAACUGCAGUGAAGCACUACUAAAGAACAACACUUACUGGCCCCUCGUUAGUGACUUUAUCAACAUCCUCUCACACCAAAGUGUAGCGAAAAAGUUCCUGGAAGACCAUUCCUUGUUGAUGCUCUGGAUGAGCUUCGUGUCAUUUUUCCAAGGUAUGAACCUGAAUAAGCGGGAGCUGAACGAGCAUGUGGAGUUUGAGUCUCAAACAUACUAUGCAGCCUUUGCAGCAGAGCUCGAGGCCUGUGCCCAGCCAAUGUGGGGUCUCUUGACACACUGCAAAGUCAAAGAGACGCAGGAAUAUACAAAGACGGUGGUUCGCUAUUGCUUGGAGACCCUGCAGAUCUGGUUUGAUGCCAUCGGCUUCAUUGAUGAGCCUGCUCCAAAUCAAGUGACGUUUCACCUGCCACUCCACCGCUACUACGCCAUGUUCCUCAGCAGGGCUGUAAAAUGCCAGGGGCUGGACUUGGAUAGCCUCCUGCCUGAUCAGGAAAUGCUGAUGAAGAUUAUGGUGCAUCCACUCCAAAUUCAGGCGUGCCUGUCAGAGAUCCACAGCAACAUGUGGGUCAGGAAUGGGCUGCAGAUUAAAGGACAAGCUAUGACUUACGUGCAAUCACACUUCUGCAACUCCAUGAUAGACCCAGACAUCUACCUCCUGCAGGUUUGUGCAUCAAGACUGGAUCCUGACUACUUCAUUUCAAGUGUUUUUGAGAGAUUUAAAGUGGUCGACCUCCUGACGAUGGCGUCUCAGCACCAGAAUGCUGUGUUGGAUUCUGAGCAGGAGAGGCCAAUGCUCGAAGGAGCGUUAACGUUUCUGGUCAUCCUGACAAGCCUCCGCAUUCAUCUGGGAAUGACGGACGACGAGAUCCUUCGAUCUGAGAUGGUCUCCCAGUUGUGCAUGAACGACCGAACCCACAGUGCACUGUUAGACCUUAUUCCUGAAAAUCCCAACCCAAAGAGUGGCAUUGUUCCGGGUAGCUGCAGUUUUGAGGAUGUGCUCUCCGCUGUAUCGGAUUUCAAGGCCCCUGUGUUUGAGCCCGGAGGCUCCAUGCAGCAGGGCAUGUACACACCCAAAGCUGAGGUGUGGGAGAAGGAGUUUGACCCCAUCAUGGUCGUCCUCAGGACCGUCUAUCGCCGGGAUGUUCAGUCAGCAAUGGACAGAUACUCAGCAUUUUUGAAACAGUAUGGCAUCCAUACUGGGAACCCAUGGCCACCUUACAAAGAGAGGACUCCUCUGCAUCCUUGUUACAAAGGUUUAAUUCGACUGUUGCAUUGCAAGACCCUGCACAUUGUCAUAUUCACGCUACUUUACAAGAUAUGGAUGGAUCACCAGAACAUGUCUGAACAUGUGCUGUGCAUGGUGCUCUACUUGAUCGAGCUGGGCUUGGACAACCAGGUUCAAGACAGCAAAGAGGAUGAGGAACCUUGCAUUGAGGAGCAUUGUCAUGAUAGCUGGUUCCCGGGCACCAAUCUUCUUUCCAACCUGCACCACGUCAUCAACUUUGUAAGGGUCCGGGUUCCUGAGACGGCGCCUGAAGUGAAGAGGGAGACCCCUCCCAGCACGAGCGCUGAAGCCUCUUCUUAUGGCCAGAACCUGCGAGAAGCUCAGGUGUUCAGCCUGGUGGCGGAGCGCCGCAGGAAGUUCCAGGAAAUGAUCAACAGGAACAGCACCGAAGCCGCUCAGGUCGUCAGGCCCAAGAGCUCCUCGACUCGCUGGGUCUCGCCAGGCACGCCCCCCCAGCUGGUGACCGAGAUCCUGGAGAUCCGCGAAAGCAUGCUGUCCCUCCUCGUCAAGCUGCACCAGAAGAUGUCGUCCAAGCAGAACUCCCUGUCGGCUUCCUGGUUGGACGAACCGGACACGAGCCGCCACGCUCACGGGGACGGGAUUACUGCCAUCGAGCGGAUCCUCACCAAGGCGGCCGCGCGCAGCUGCCAAAUCAAGCGCAGCAUCCAGGACAUCUGCGGAAAGGUGUGUCCCCCGGUGCCACCGAAGAAGAACAGUCCCUCUGACAAGAAAGCAAUGGACAAAGAAGAAAGGCGUCAGAGGGCCCGAGAGAGGCAACAGAAACUUUUGGCUGAGUUUGCUUCGAGGCAGAAGAGUUUCAUGGAAACAGCCAUGGAUGUUGAAUCUCCCGAGACCGAAGCAGCUAUGGAUUUAGGACCAUCUGAAGUGAUGGAGUCUGAGGUUCUGUAUGACUGUGUGAUCUGUGGUCAGAGCGGACCGUCCACCGAGGACCGGCCAACGGGAUUAGUGGUUCUGCUCCAGGCAUCCUCAGUUCUUGGACACCGAUGCAAAAGCAAACAACCAAAGCAGCUUCCAACGAGCGACGAAGAGCACAUAUAUCUUGCAGACACAUGCGGUGUUGCUCAUGAUGUCAGACUCACGCUGAUGCAACAGUUCUUCAAAGAUAGUUCAUGUUUGCAGUCUGUGUCAAUAGGCUGGGAUGGAGGAGUCUAUGUCCAGACCUGUGGACACACUUUGCAUAUAGAUUGCCAUAAAUCUUACAUGGAGUCUCUGAGGAAUGACCAGGUCCUCCAGGGUUUCUCUGUAGACAAGGGUGAAUUUACCUGCCCGCUGUGCCGGCAGUUUGCCAAUAGUGUCCUCCCAUGCCGUCCUGGGCGUGGCACAGAUGCGAGCGGAUGGCACACUCCCACGAACAAAGCGGCACGUGUUCUUGUGAAGGAGGUGGAGGAUCUACAGGAGAAACUCGGCCUUUUCCCAACGGAGUCCAAUUUGAGCAAAGAGAUGGAGUUAGUAAUCAAAGACAUCAAGAACACCACGCAGAAAAAAUACAUGGACUAUGGCAAAAACCCCGGAUCCCCGGAUAACGAUUUCCUCUUCAUGUAUUCAGUAGCAAGGACAAACCUGGAGCUGGAGCUGGUGCAUCGGGGAGGAAACAUGUGCUCCGGAGGAGCCAGUGCAGCGGCCAAGCGAUCAUGUCUAAAUCAGCUGUUCCACGUGUUGGCCAUGCACAUGAGACUCUACAGCAUCGAUUCGGCUUACAACCCGUGGACGAAGCUGACUCAGAUCGCGCAACACAAAGAGGCAGAUGGCUUUGAUGAGGAGCGACCUGAGGUCCCCAUGCUAUUUCGAGAUGUCCCAUCCCUCCUCAUCAUCUUUGUACUAACUAUGCCACAGCCUCUGCGUAAAGAGCACUUUACCUGUGUGAUCAAGAUGCUGUACAACCUGCAGUUCACUCAGGCUUUGGCUGCACUGUCAACCAAACUCAGCUAUGAAGAAAGGCAAGCCUGGGUCACAUCAGGUGCACUUAAGAAGAACGCUGCGAGUUCGGAGAAGUCCUUCGAAGCUCUGCUCAGUCACGUCAUCGGUGAACUUUCAAAGGACAAGAGUGUUUACAAGGUGAACAGCGAAGAAACUACAAUGCUGAGCUCCAGUGUGUGGUCGCCGCAGUCUAUUGAGUUCAGCCUGCAGCAGUUCUGCCUGCCCUUCCUUCGCCUCUCCUGCCUUCUGCAGCACCACCUUUACGGAGACAACCUGACCGGCUGCCCGGAGGAAGAGGAGUUCUCGUCUCUGGCUGUGUGUUUAGGGCUGUUGCCGUCAGCUCCUCAGCCUCCCAGCGCCGUACACAGUGCCUCAUGUCUGGAGUGGCCCUUCAACGCCUUUGACUUGGUGACGCAGUGGUGUGAUGAGGUCACAGGGCUAUCUCAGAUGCAACCUGAGCAAUCACUAAGCUUGCUGGUCCAUGAUCCUCAGUGGGCAGCGCCUCGCCUUCUUCAGCUACCUGACAACUACAACAUCAUCUUCCAGUACUAUCACAGAAAGGCCUGCACUGCCUGCAAAAAGGUGCCAAAAGACCCUGCGCUCUGCCUGGUUUGUGGCGCUUUCGUCUGUCUGAAAGGCGGGUGCUGCAAACAGCAGGGUACCUGUGAAUGUGUUUUGCACUCCCAACAUUGUGGCGCAGCUACGGGCAUCUUUCUACUGAUAAAUGCCUCAGUCAUCAUCAUCAUCCGGGGACAUCGUUUCUGUCUGUGGGGCUCUGUUUACCUUGACGCUCACGGGGAGGAAGAUCGAGAUUUACGCCGUGGCAAGCCUCUGUUCCUGUGUGAAGAGAGGUAUCGAGUGUUGGAGCAGCAGUGGGUUUCUCACACCUUCGAUCACAUCAAUAAACGCUGGGGGCCGCACUACAACGGACUCUAGGAUCUUCCAAAGUCCACUUAAAAAAAAAUAUAUAUAUACAAACAAACCCAAGAUAAAGAUGUUUUUAAUCAUUAUUAUUAUCAUUGUUAUUAUUAUGAUUUCCUGGCUCGUGUCUGCCUUGAUAAAAAAAAUAUUAGGAAAAUCCUUAAUAUGAGAAAAAACAAACUUCCAAUAAGGUUAUCGCUGCCACAGCUUUUGGUUUCUGUGACGUUUGGUGUACAGUCAUGCCUAAAAGAUUAACACGUGUGUGCGUUCAAGUGAUUUAUCGUGUGGUUUUCAACAGGAAAUAAGGAAUCUGAACUGGGCGAGAUCAAAAUAAAGAGAGAAUAGGUUUAUUCCCCAUCAACGUGGUCUGGAGCAGGCUUGGAAAAGUCGGCUCUGUUUGGCUUUGAAAGACGGAGAUCAAGGUAGACGUGCAUUUAGAAAGUAUAAUAUCAGAAUAGCAGAAAGUCCCGAACAGAAUUGAUACGUUUUUGCCCCGUUUUUGAUGAACACGCAUAUCCCUUUUAUUUAUCCCGGUGCACUCGGCUGCUCUGCCGCGGGUUUCCAGCUCCUAAUGAUUGAAACGACGUUUCUGCCGGCUGACGUGAUGGUAGGCCAGACCAAGUCCACCCAUCAAGACGCAAGAGUUUUCUUUCGCGAACAAGAAAAGACUCUUUCUGGGUCUAGUUGCAAUCCAUCCUCAGGAAUUUUUUUUCUUUCUUCCUCUUUUGUCGUCUUUGCUGUUUAAAAAAUAUGUUUUAGAUAUUUAAAUAAAGGCUGCUGCUCAUUGUUAAAGUAAUGUUAACUUUUGUGAAGAUUUUUUUUUUUUUUUUUUUUGUAAGGUUGUGCUUUGAGUUUACAGUUGAUGGCUGGGAAUGUGGAUUCAAACUCACUUUAAUGUUUAAGGAGGUAUGCGGUCGCCAUAUUUCACCCACUCCCAGGUGUCAUUAACCUGCCUUUUUAGUAUAUAUUUUUUUAUUUUAGUAUUAUAUUCUUUGGUUGAAUGUAAAGGAGAAAAAAAUAGCAACUCAAAUGAGUCACUUUUUUUCAGCUUCAUAAAUAUCACCGCGCAGGCAUCGAGUCCUGCUGCGUUGGCAAAACUGAGCUCCACGUCUGAACAACAACAACAACAAAAAAUAAAUAAAUAUCACAUCGAGUUUGUCGGGAGUUCAUCUCUCUAGAUCCUAAAAACUCAGCGAAACGUACGGUUCUUUUGAGAAGCCAGAACUCCUAAUUGAUCUCUCUGUGCUGUCAGAAAGGAUUCCUUCCUUUUCGGCGUCCUCAUCAAGUUCAUAUCUCCAGUACAGAGCAUUUCAUCAUGACUGUCUCUUACUCGUGCAUCAUCACCCAGUUGUAUCCAUUAUAAGAGCGUGCAUGGCAUCCCUUAAGCAGCCAUCGUUUGUGUGGGCUACCUAAUUUUCUGAUCAUCGCCUUGCUUUGUGGGAGGUUGGAGACGUGGCUCGGUCGUGCCUGCAAAGCUUCUGUCGAGGAUUACAACGCUGGGCCAAGUCGUGCUGCGAUGUGAGUUUAUCCAAAAAGCUCAUGGCAGAAACUUCCUAAAGAAUUGUUGCAUGCUGAUUUUCUUUCUCCCCAGAUUUCUUCCCUUUCUGUCUUUGUUUUUUUUUUUUUUUUUUUUUUUGGCUGUACCCACUUUGUAAAUGACCGCAACCAAAUAGCCAACGAGUAAUGGGUGUAAAAUUGUAACUGAAAGCUUCUGUGUGUUUUCCUGUGUGACUGAAGAGGGAAUACAGUACAUUACUGUAGAUGCUGACUCAAACUUUCUGAGUUUGACCAGGACGUAUGACUUGGGACAUUUAAUGCAAAAUGUAACAUAUGUGAAUAAAAUAUAAGCACACAUUGA